CAUCAUGCAGCACCAACCAAUGAACGGCCGUCGCCGCCACGGCGAGUCCCCACGUUCUCCUGCAGGUCUGCUGUGCCCAUCCGUUGGAGCGGACGACGGCCCAUUCGGACCCCAAGAAGCGGGGGACUGGGCGAAAUAUUAGGCUGAGAGCAAUUCAACAAGGUCAUCUAGUCGGGAUCGAAUACAUACGAACAUGGUUAUCAAGUUAAAAGCCGAUCAAAAGCAGCCACGGAGGAACCUCUUCUCAUCGUUCUUGGCUCGUUCCGGGGCGGGCGUAAGAUCCGAAACAUCAAGCAAUUCGGCGACUCUCCCUUUGUCGUCCGUUGAAUCCAGAAAAGACGACCUGAAGGGCCCAAUCGGCUUGACCACUAUCCACGAAUUACCGGCGUCUAGAGAAGUCACCGCGGAUAUCAUUUUUAUCCACGGCCUGGGCGGUGGUAGCCGUAAAACAUGGUGCUAUUCCUCCGACCCCGACCACUACUGGCCCCAAUCAUGGUUGCCGGGAGACAAGGACUUCAUUGGUGUUCGAAUUCACGUCUUCGGUUACAAGGGUGACUGGCUGGAACGCCGAGAGAGUAUUUUAGGGAUCCACGAUUUUGGCCAGUCUCUCCUCAGCGCCCUACUCAACCAUCCCAGCAUCCGCCGGGCGGACACACGGAUCAUACUCGUUGGACACAGUAUGGGAGGUUGUGUGGCUAAAAAGGCAUACAUACUGGCGCGCCAGGACCCGGCCGCCGCCGAUAUUGCUCGCCGAGUGCACUCCAUGUUCUUCCUAGCCACGCCACACCGUGGGUCUGAUAUGGCCGCAAUCCUGGAAAGCAUGUUGGCGGUUGGGUGGGGGAAGAAGCCGUUCCUGGGGGACCUGACUCCCAAUUCGACGGUGCUUUCGGCCAUCAACGACACUUUCCGCCAUUUUGCGCCGGAGCUCCGACUGUGGUCGUUCUAUGAAACUGUACCCAUGCGAGGUGUUGGGUUCAUCAGCCGCAUUGUCGUGGACAAACACUCUGGGACUCUAGGGUAUCCAAAGGAAGAAAUCACGGCCAUGGAUGCGGACCAUCGCCAAGUUUGCAAAUUCGAGAGUCCAGCCGAUCCAAAUUACAAACUCCUUCGCAAUGCGCUGGCAACUGCCGUCGACCUGAUUCGAGCGACAUCAAGAUCCGGGCAAGGUCAACUUUCUCAGGCCCAUUUGUCCCCGCGGGAGUCUCGCGAGAAGGUAUCAGCCUUUUUGGAAAUUCGAGACACCCCAGAAAGAGAUCUCGAUAGCCUCCAGAGCCUGAAAGAGCCCGGUUCUUGCCAAUGGUUCACCGAAAGACCGAGCUUUAGAUCGUGGGAGGCUGGUGUUUCACCCGAUAUAUUUUGGCUCAUUGGACGCCCGGGAGCCGGCAAAUCCGUUCUGGCCAGUCACGCUGUCGAAUAUCUCCGAACUUCGAAUCGCUACUGCAGUUUUUUCAUCUUCAAACUCACCAGGAGUGAGACGUCUACGUUGCACCACUGUUUCCGCUCCCUCGCCUUUCAGAUGGCCAUGCAAGAUGAUACUGUGAAGAGAGCAAUUCUCCAACUCGCCCAGGGGGGUAUUUCGUGGGACGAAACGAACGAAAUUAGUGUAUGGCGAAUGCUGUUUACAAACUGCAUCUCCAAACUACCGUCCGUCGUGCAACACUUCUGGGUGUUAGACGGCAUAGACGAAUGCCCAGGGUUCAAUACGCUUUUCGGGAAGAGGUUGCUAGCCAGUCUCCCGCGUGGCCUCCGCCUUCUUGCUACGAGCCGCGGUUUGGGGGAGAUUGAACGGGGCCUGGAGUCCAUUGGGCCGACUGGCGUAACGAGGAAGAUGUUGUCGGAAGCAGACACAUUCGAGGACAUUAAGCUUUUUACGACCACGGCACUUUCGACGUUGGCUCAAUUGCAAUCCGUCGAGGCGCGCGAAUAUAUGUGUGAGAAGAUCGUCAAGAAAUCCCACGGCUCGUUCCUUUGGACGAGGCUCGUCCUCCAAGAUCUCGCGGGAGCAUGGACCAAAGAAGCGAUGGACGAUGUUUUGGAUAGACUUGAGGGGCAUACACGAAAUAUGCUUUUGACGAAGUCUCUUUUGACCUGGGUCGUCCUGGCGUGCCGCCCCUUGACGGUCGACGAGCUAACAGCUGCCAUCAAUCUGGACACCAACGAGACCCUCCAAACGCCGAUGAAAGCAAUCCCAGAACUAUCGGGACAGCUUCUCUUCAUCGACGAGUCUCAGCAAGUGCAUGUAAUUCACGAAACAGUCCGGGAGUUCUUAGUAUCCGUGAAGGAUGCCGGCGUUGCGCUCUCAGUCGAUGUGAGGGACGCCCAUACACGCCUUGGAACUCUACUCCUCAAGUAUGUCUGUGGUGAGGCCCCUAAACCUCAGGGAGCCCGGGCGACCUCGAAGGGCUACCACUCGUGGGUAUUUGAAAAGCCUUCGGUCCCUGGGAGACCGAUUAGUACGUCUCUGAUGGACUACGCAUGCAGGUUCUUCUCGGAACACAUUUGUCUUGGCAAUACAAAAGACAGCCAGGUGGUGGACGGCAUGUGCGCCUUUUUCAACUCCGACAGCUUGCUUUCGUGGAUACAAUACAUUGUAACCAAGGGCAACCUAACGCCUAUUGUUCGCACGGCCUUGAACCUGCGGGCGUACCUCAACGUGCGAUUCGACCAUAUAUCAACAUCGGACGAGGUCGCUCGGGUUCUCCAUGACCAAACGACGGAAGUCAUGCAUAUCGCUGCCAAGUUUCAGCAGCAGCUCCUGAGCUGUCCGUCCGCGAUCUACCGUCUGAUCCCGAGUCUCUGUCCACCAGAUUCAAUGAUAUUUCGGACCUUUUGUAAAGCUCCGCGUUCAUCGUUGUCACUACAGUACGACGUUAAAGGUCUUCCUCCCCGUUCAUGGGAUGACUGUGUUGCUCGGGUAGACUUCGCGAAAGGGCGUCCCUUGACUGUAAGGUAUGGGGACAGUCACUUUGCCGUUGGGCUUUCCACCGGCGAAAUAAUUGUUUACGAUGCAUCUUCUUCGCAGAUUGUGCAACAACUGCAGCACCCCGGAGCUGUUGAACUGUUGGAAAGCUCCUGGGGCGAUGGACUCCUCGUCUCUUGCAGCACGAAUAACCUCGUUGCGUGGGACAUAAAAGCUGGCACGAUUCUCUAUUCAUGCCCAUUAAGGUCACGUCCGCUAGCGGUCAUGUCUUUGGGCACGGAGGGCAUUCUCUGUGCUUCCGAGCGCUGCGAGCUGACAAAGUGGUCCUUGAACUCAGGGGAACAUGAGUCGAUAUCGUGGGUUAACAUCGACCAAUACAGUCAGACACAAAGUCACAACCACCUCUGGGAUACUCAACACAAGAUUCCCAUUUCACGGCCGAGCCGCGCCGAUUUUCUUAGUACCUAUGAUGGUAGCCUUCUUGCCCUUGGUUACCAAAACGCACCAGUAUUCAUUUGGGACGCCUUGGAGGUGCAGGUAGUGGGAACUGUGGGCCAAGAAAUGAUUCCCACUGCGGGAGUUGAUUGCAUGGUCUUCCACCCGAACGUCGAGAUUCCGGUCCUCUUAGUGGCAUACCAACCGGGCGACCUUUGUGUAUAUGACUACAACACGAUGGAAACGCAUGCCCGACGACGCCGCACGUAUGCCACUGCUAUUGCUGGCUCUCCCCAUGGCCGAACAAUCGUCGUAGGCAAUGCCCAAGGCGCCAUCGAGGUCUUCGACUUGGACUUCAGCGGUACGCGUACGGCCAUACUAACGUUAAUUUACCGCUCCAGUCACCCAUUAGACGACACAAUCCGCAGCAUCGCGCUCAGCGCCGAUGGCCUACGCUUUGUUGACGUACGGAACCGACAGGGGCGCGUCUGGGCACCGAUGGGGUUAGUGAGACAGAGAAGCAACGGCGAGGCGGACCAACGAACCAACAUCGCGACAGAGAUGGAACUCCCUGAACUUCGAGCGGCACCAGAGAUUUCUAACGCUGGCGGGGAAUUAAGCAUUACCAGCCCGCUCGUACCUUCUGCUGAUGGAAGUGUUAUCGUAGCCGGUAAAAGCGAUGGGGAUGUUGUUCUGUUUUCUACCGCUGAUGCCAGAGAGAUCCUCGUCCUAUACCAGCACACCGGCAAGUCAUCCGUUAUUAGUGUUGCGCUUGUCGAAUCUCGCAAUCUGGUAAUCUCAGCCAACGACGCCGGUCGUGUCUUAGUGGCGGAGACCACAACAUCUUUGAGCCGACUAGCGUCAAUGGGGGCAAGGGCCGAGUCAAACGAAACAUAUAUCGUAUGCAACCGCCUCUUUGGCGGUGGUGCUGUUUCAUCGCUGAUGGUCAAUGGGCCUGGGGAUCGCGUCCUGGUCAACGGGCGCUUUGCUGCUGAGCUUUGGGAACUCCCUUCAGGGGAAGCAUUUCGCCUUAAUGCAACUGGCAGAACGAACGAUGGGUGUUCUGCACAGACACUCCCAGGUUGUAGCAUUGCCGUACCACCCACAGGGAACGACGGAACGGCCACCAUUCCUCAGUUUUCGUUUCAACACCCGGCCAAUCCCGAUUGGUUUGUACUCGUCACCGGGCAUAUCGCACGCAUUUACGCCUGGGCCGACUUCUCGGAGCUUACAGGACAGCAAGGCAUCUGGCUUGCAAGGGACCCACCGCAACCGUCGUCAGAUUCUGAUAAAACCUCGAAUCGUUUGGGUUCUUCGGCCCUCUCAAAAUCAUCUUACCAUCUUGGGCCCGGCUUCGUGGUUGAGCUGUUCCGAGAAGCCCCCCUUGCACCGCCGCGUUUGUACCGCUGGCCGUCGACUGCCUUUAACCCUUUUUCCGAGAUCACCAUGGUGCGACCUACUGUUGAGCCGCUCCUAGAGUCUGUCAGUCCAACGGCCAUCGCAGUACUGGGCACAAUUGGCUCCGCAACGGUCAUGUUUCUCGACGUCGACCUUUGGGUAUGCAGCGUGAACCUAGAGCCGGGGGCGACGGGGCCGGCAUUGCCUUCACGGGGAUUCAACAGGAAGUCGAUGUCAACGGGAACGGAAAGGAACUCGCCUAUACAACGCCAUUUCUUCGCGCUGAGCGAGUGGCGGACCGCCUCUGGGGACCUGCGGUGUACCGUGGUUGUUCCCCCUGUUCGGGUCGGUGCCGGUGGCGGAAGGAGUCGGGAUGUCGUUGCAUGUGCGGCUGGAAAUCGGGUUGUGGUUUUCCAAGGGGGCUUUCAGUUCUCAGAGGACUAUGCGAAUUCCGCCGUGUAGGUAAGGUAGUUAAGUCGCCACAAGCAGUCAUCAAAAUAGGGGGGGAGGCUGCUGGGCUUUAUCAUGGCCUCCACGAAAGAUAAACAUGAGGACUGAAAACUAGGACUCUUGAGGUGAAUGAACUCUUUAAAUCUUAUUCAUGUUGCUACUAGU